GUUUAGCACAAUGCGUUCGGUUGGAAAAAAAGUGAAGUGAGAAUGAGAUUUUGAGGUGUUUCGUGCUGCGUUGCUAGUGCUGCACUGGUGAGUGGAGUUUGACACUGCAAAAGUACACCAUGAGCCUAAUGAGGAGUAACGAUGUCCGAGCAAGGGAAAACCAAGCCAAAUUUAUUCAGCAGCGCAUCAACAAUGUUGAAAAGCACUUUGCUGACUUGUGCCAGCAGUUUUCAGCUUACUCACGAAAGGUGGCCCGGGUGCGUGACAAGGGAGACAUGCUGGCCAAGAGCAUGCUCACCUACGCAGAGAGUGAGGCAUCUUCAACCAAGUCAGGCUUGACGGGCUUCGCCGAGAAACUGUCCUCAGUUUCUGACUACAGACAGGCGAUGGUUGACAGGCUUUCUCAACGGGUUGUUCAUCCACUUACGCUUUAUGGCCAGAACUUCAAACAUACAAGGGAAGACAUGAAGGCAACAUUUGCCGCCAGGACAAAGGAAAUCAACGAACAGAAAAAGCUGGAAAAUAUCAGACGGAAAAAUCCCAACAACCGGCAGCAAAUUGCUCAAGCUGAAUCCAAACUGCAGAGGGCCAAUGUGGAUGCAACUCGUUCUUCAAAGAACCUCGAGGAUCAAAUGGACUCAUUUGAGAGAAAGCGAUUGCACGACCUUAAGAGUAUCUUGUCUGAGUUUGUGAAGAUUGAGAUGCUGUUCCAUUCGAAAGCGUUAGAGAUCUACACUGAAGCCUGGCAGCAUCUGCAUGCCAUCAGUGACGAGGAUGACCUGGAGGAAUUCCGGAACAGCCUUCGCCCAUUCAGUGCCACCACGGGCAGUAGCAGCUCCAACUUGGCCAAUUCCAGGACGUCGUUGAACUCGACAGACCGCAGCAGUACCAAGCCCACCACUGCCGCCUCCAUGCCAUCCUCCAGGCAGAAACAAGGCAAGGGAAGGCUGGAUACCAGCCGCAUCGUCGACAUGGAGGACGACGAAGAUGAUGAAGACGACGAUGAAGAUGAUGAUGAUGAUUACGACGAAGAUGAUGAGAGUCAGUAAUCGCAUCUAUUUUGAAAUUCUGAAAUUUUUGCAUUGCCUGUGAACAUUUUACCAUGUUCAUGCACUUAUUGUUUAGGUUCAGGUGUCAGUAGCAGAGGAAACCACAGCCUACAUGUACCUGUAUGUUGAAUGUUAGAGUCGAGUCCCCCACUGUAAGGCCAGGACAAGUCAUUCAGUCUACAUGUAGCAAUGGCACAUGCUAAUUCAAAUGAACUAUGACAAAAGCAUUCCUCCACCAUUGUUCACCUAGCUACUUAUCACUGGUCUCGUGAAAGGACUUGUGAAGGAACCCGACUACAACACUGGAACCAAGCUUCGCAUAGAUUCAUGUCUGUCUUGGUUAAUGUUCAGCGAGCGUAACUUUUGGGGGAAGGGGGAAGCUUGUAUUCAGAAUUGGAAGAGGUGUGUUGACGUACUACUCUGAUACAUUUUUAUCUGAGGGGAACGAAAAUAGGAGCCAAGCUGACUUUGUUAGGUGUGUGGGCAAAAUGUGUUGAUGGGGUGGGAGAAUAGAUAUGGGGUCAGAAUGGUUGGCAUAAAAGCUUGAGAAAGUUCCCAGCUCAGGAAGUAUUUUGAUGGGGGGGGGACGAGAACCAGGCACCGUGUAUAUGUGUUAUUCUUUCUGGCGCGGUUGUAUCACCCAGUUUGACCAUAUGCAAUGCAGUUAUUCAAGUUUGUAUGAAAAUUAUUAGGGAAUUCAACAGAGCUUUCUCGGGGGGGGUAAGGUGGUGAUGUAAAAAAAGUACUAUACAUUCUGCUCGUCAACCAUUGUGUGACGUAGCGUGCAUUGCUGCCUCAAGUUCAAUUUUGAAAUUCACUCUAAAAUUGACAGGCUAGGCUGACUGCAGAUUGCCGUAGUAAAGCAGUGCCUAGAUCUAUUUUUCAAAUUGUUUUAAAUAUUUAAUGGACACAAAAGAAUUUUUAAUAUGGUUUUUACUUUUCAGAUUCAUACAUGUAUUUUAAAUAUUUAUCAAACUUUCAGAAUGGCCUGUGGAAAUCUUGACCCUAAACUGCAAAAUGGUAAUUUAGACCCACAGAGUAUUUUUCAGACACAUUUUAUGUUAUAUAAAAUUACCAUAUAAAAUUACCCUUUAUUAGUUACUACAGCUGCCAAAGAAAUUGUCCAGAAGAUGUGCCCACAUAAGAAUGUGUGAAUGUGGCAAUUAUGUAACAAAGAAAUAGACAAACUGAUGUUUGAAUUUAACAAGAGUUUUAGGCCACACAAGAGACUUAAUGUUGAACUAACGGCCAUUCGUAAUUUGCCUGCUAGUGUGACCAAAUGUUUGCUCUUUCCUUUGCAGCCAUGAGCUUAAAAGAGAGUUACAAGCCGUCCUUUGUAAAAAGUGCCUUUUUAACAUAAAAGUGUAAAACUGAGUGCUUAAUAUAUCCCUAGGACCUGUUGCUGGUCAGUUUGUAGAAUAAAUGGAAACUUCAGAGUGAGUAAUAUUGUA